GGCUUUAGAGUUGUUUUACUUUUUUGUCAUAAAUGACAACUAGUAAUGUCUCGUAUAGACUCAACUUUGACGUACAAAAAAGACUAAUUUGACACUUUACGGUUUUAGAUUCGAUUAAAGAUCAAUAUUACAGUAAAAGUGUCUAUUUUUGACAUUUCUGAUCAUGAGCGACGACAAACUGCAUCCCAGCGCAGGUGAGCCGGGCGCCAGCCGUUACGGUAAUUUCUGUAACUACUAUCAAUUUCAUCCGGCCGAAGUGAGAGUGAAGCAGCUUCCCCUGGACUUGUUUAGCUCGACCGAAAAUGACGGGAAAAAGUUCGUUGCUUUGGACAUAGGAUGCAAUGCUGGGAAUUUAACGGUGGAGCUCUACAAAUGUUUGAGCGAAAAGCUUCCCGAUAAAGAAAUAGCGAUACUGGGCAUCGACCUCGAUCCGACGUUAAUCGAACGUGCACGCGAGCUAAACACACGACCGGAAUCCAUAUCCUUCGAAUGCCUCGACUUCUUUUCCGACGAGCGUGAAAACGUCUUGGCGUCAUUUCUCCGACGGCAUGGAGUCGACGAAUUCGACGCGACCUUUUGCUUCUCCGUGACGAUGUGGAUCCACCUGAAUCACGGCGACGCCGGUCUCGAGCGAUUUCUCCGCGACGUGGCGCGCCGCAGCCGCACGAUCCUGAUCGAGCCGCAGCCCUGGAAGUGCUAUCGCAACGCCGCGCGACGACUGAAACGAGCCCAGGCCGGCGAUUUUCCGCUGCUCCAAGGGCUCAAAUUGAGGGGCGACAUGGUCGAGCACGUCGAGCGAAUAUUGACGCUCGAGUGCGCGUGCGAGCGACUUCACGUCAGCGAGGAGAACGACUGGCAAAGAAAGCUGCUGCUUUACAAGAGGAGCCGAUGACGAUAAAGGAUGCUGCAAAUUGUAAAUUAAUUAAGAGUAUGGCUAGCACUAAGCA